GGGCGGAGCGCGGCUGGGCUUUACGCCCGCCGGUGUUUGCGGCCUUUCGGUGCUGUCGUGGGCAUCGUCGCGUUGGUGGAGGGGCUCCGCGCUGGGUCCUGAGCGGGGACGGUGCUGGGGAGAAGCGGGCCGAAGGGAGGCGAACCUUGACAGGAGCGCCUGGUGCAAGCGAGCGGCCUUCCGGGUCUCUGUGAGAGGCCGUGGCUGUCUGAGCAUGGACACCCUGAAGAACCGUACUGUGGAGGAGCUCCAGGCUCUGCAGGAGGAUGCUGCGGAGAUCGAGCGCUUGGCCCUGGAGUCCAGGGAGGUGCAGGAGCUGCAGCUGGAGAGGGAGAUGGCGCUCGCUGCCAAUCGCAGCCUUGCUGAGCAGAACCUGAAGUUCCAGGUUCCUCUGGAGACAGGACGUUCUGAGCUCUCCAGCAAGUAUGAGGAGCUGCAAAGCCUCACUGAACGCUGUAAGGAGCAGAAGGCAAAGCUGGAGAAAUUUUCAGCCGCAAUGCAUCCUCAAAUGUUGCUGGAUCUCCUGCAGGUGGAAAGCCAAAAAAUUGAAGAGGAAUCUGAGAAAAUGGCUGAGAAGUUCCUGGAGGGUGAGGUGGUCCUGGAGACCUUCCUUGAGCAGUUCUUGGUGAUGAGGAAGUUGUCCCACUUGCGCCGGGUCAGGGUGGAAAAGCUGCAGGAGGUGCUGCGGAAGUCACGAGCACCACAGGAGCCUGUCAGGGACGCACAGCAGCAGCAGCCUCCUUGUGCACCCGUGGACCCACCGCAGCUACUGCCCGUCCCAUCAGGGGCUCCUUCCUUUCCUCUGCCCUACAGCCCGGCCCCAGCCAUGCCGCCUGGCCCCACAGCGCACGGCGCUCUCCCACCUGCUCCUUUUGCAGGUGCCCCACACACCACAGGACACGUUGCUGCCUCUCAGCCCAGCGCCCAGCCCACCCUUCCCUACCAGCCUCCUCCGGGUGCCACGUACCCGCCCUUGCAGGCUGCUGACUCCGCACCGGGCUUCCCCAAGCCUCCCCCAGGCGCCUCGUUUGCACCAGCCUACUCCUGGUCUCCAUCCAGGGGCCCACCGCAUGUCCCGUCCUUUCCCUCCACUCCACCACCCAGACCUGCCUACCCACCCUACGCACCCCCUGGGGCUGGGCGGCCACAGUGUCCCUACCCCACGCAGCCUCCCCUCCCCAGUUUUCCGAUCCCCCCUCAGCCUCCCUAUCCACCAGGGCCACCCUGUGGGUACCACCCCCCACCCGGGAACCCCCCGCGCCCUGCUUGGCCUGGCAACUAAACCAGACGGUGUCCUCUGCUGCUCCCUCCUCUUUGUGGACUGAGGAAGAGGAGCGAGCCCAGAGCGUGGCUCUUCAGCCCCUGCACACCAGAGUGUCGCAUACGAUGCAGUAGCAGCCACAUGUCUUUGGGAUCAUUGCGAAGUGGUUGCCGGCAGGCUGAAGUGGCUGCUUCCCAGCAGGUUCAUCCAGGCUCUGCUAUAGCACCCAGGCAGCCAGCUGUGUGUUAUACGUGGGCUGUGCACUGAUAAGGCCUGCUGGGAGCCUGACCGCUCUGUGUGCAAGCGAGCAAUCCUCUGGGUCUGCCUGUCGUUUAUAACACAUGUAGUGUAGGAAUUCCCAGCUUCUUCAUAGAUAUCCCAAAGGUACAGUGGGAAUCACAGUAUUUCAGCCACAAAAUGUUUGCUGUCUGCAAGGGGCCCUCCUGAGAUAGGAGGUGGGAAUAGCUGGGCUCGCAGGUGUGUUGCAGCUCAGAGAUGCUGCCAGCACACCCUAAAGCAGAAGCGCAUCCCAGUGCUGCCCCUUUCAGGUGACAAAACCCAUCUCCACGCUGCCCAGGAGCCUCUGCAUCCCACACAGGCUCUGACUGAGGGCAUGAAGGCUCCAAGCACAGGAUGUGGGUGCUUUUACACUAAGAGGGGUUCACGCUGCCCUGGGGGGUGUGCCCAGGUUGCACGGAGGAGUUGGUGUUGCACACUCAGCUGCUCCUGUGGUGCCCAGGGGUGGAUUUGGGAUUCCCCUCCUCCGGAAACACGAGGUGAUGGGGAGCCAGGGCUGCUAGCAGAAAUGGCGUUUGCAUUGCUCAGCACUUUUUCCUACCAAUACCGCUCCUAUGUCUGUAAGUUAUUUAUAAGGGGAGAUUACUAAUGGACUAGAGCAAGAGGAAUGCUUUAGGGGUCGAUGGAAGCAGUCCCGCAUGGUGGUUAAUUACAGUAAUAAAAUGGUGAAUCGUA